UGGGCCCUUUGUGGGGCUGCGAGCUCGGUGGAGAACCGAGAGCUCCGUCUUCUCUGCUGACGCCGCUGGCAGUGGGGCUGUCUCCAGGAGGCGGACCGGCGAACGCCCAGUGCCCGCACUCGGCUGCCUGCCGCGCCUGUCUGCGCCCGUGACAUCCUUACACGGGACGCAGUGACCGUUUUUAAAUCACAAGGGCGUGGGUCAGGCUCCCCUAGGACUUCAUGUCUGUAUAUUUCCCCAUUCACUGCCCUGACUAUCUGAGAUCGGCCGAGAUGACUGAGGUGAUGAUGAACACUCCAUCCAUGGAGGAGAUUGGCCUUAACCCCCGAAAGGAUGGCCUUUCCUACCAGAUCUUCCCGGAUCCGUCAGACUUCGACCGCUGCUGCAAACUGAAGGACCGUCUGCCCUCUAUCGUGGUGGAGCCCACAGAGGGGGAGGUGGAGAGCGGGGAGCUCCGGUGGCCCCCGGAGGAGUUCUUGGUCCAGGAGGAUGAGCAGGAUAACUGUGAAGAGACAGCGAAUGAAAACAAGGAGCAGUAAAGUCCGGCCGGCGCCCCCGGGUCACACCAGCCAGCGUCUGUACCUGAACUGUGUUCUUUCCCACUGCGACGGAAGGAGAACGUGCGCCACACUAGUUCUGCAAACGGCCAGCGAUGGCUUCCGUUUUGCACCUGCAGAUCACUGAGUUGGUUUUCUUUUCUUUUCUUUUCCUUUUUUGAGAUGUUGGGCAGCAGAGCCCUCUGCGACGACGUGCCAGGCCUUCUGAGAAAGGAAGCUGCUUAGAGCCAGGGUGGGGGUGCGGCGAGGCGGUGCAUCUUUGAGAUCUUUAUCUGAACCCAAGCAGGCUGGGGGCAGUGGUGGGAUUCCAGUGGGCUCUGGGCUUGGGGGGGGGGUGGGAUGGGGGAGGUGCAAAGCCAGCAAGGAACAUCCAGGGGUAAGAAAACGAAUAGGAGACAGAAGAGAAAAUACAUGCUGUAAAGAAAACAUAGAGCAGAGAAGUCCCGACCCCGCAGCCUUUCACCCUAGCUGCGGGGACUUCUCGCUCCAGUUUCACCCACUGUCAGCCUUCGCUUUUAUUUUGGGUGUGCUGGUCUGCUAUGGGGAGGCAGGUAAGGAGCAGAAGAACCUGGCUGCCUGCAAAGCCAGCUGGAGGUCAUGCUGGGAAAGAAAAAAGGUCUCCUAUUUCCUUCCCCACGCCCCUCCCCUCAGGCCCUGGCAGGUGCACUUGCCUGCUGUAAGCCGGAGAGUUUUUUAAGAGGCCGCACCUUUGAGCUCUCCCCUGAUUUCAUCCUUUUUGCCCCCCAGCCCUUUGGAAGUAGUGAGAGCCCUUCCCACCCUUGUUGGAAGACCGAGGUAGAUGCUUCAACACCAAGGCCUCUUUCCAGCGGCUCCCCCUAGACUUGCUCUCUCCCUGAGCUGAGGCCCAGAGCGGUGGGCUCUCCCAGGCAGGCCCUUCCCUCUCCUGCCCUCCACCCUCCUCAGCCCCAGCCCCAGCAGUCAGGCCCAUGUGGCUGCCAGCCCUGCGGCAGAUUCCAGCCAGCCUGACCAGCCACAGCACCCACUCCCCUGUGGGAUUUUGGCCUUUUUCUGGUGGGAGCUGAGUGGUAAGCAGAAGAGGCUUUUUCUGUUUCUUGUUGGGGGCAGAAUCUUUCAUGCAGGUCCCAAGAGCUGGCAAAGCCUGGGAAUUAUUGGAUGGCAGUGACUGGCUCUCAUGUAUUCACCUGGAACUAAAGGGUGUUGUGAAAUCCCUGGCUUCUUCCAUGGUAUUCCUGGGUGUGGGAGGAGGGUGGCGUGGGGGACACCUCCUACUUGUCCCUGGCAAGGGCACAGUUGCAUGAGAAAGCUAGCUUGGACUUAGAGCUUCUUAUCAUAGUUAAGAACCACCUGGAGCUGCAAAGAUUGCAGAACAAACUCUUCAAACCAUCUCUGUCUCACAGCAGGACGGUGCAGCCAAGAGGUGAGUUCAAGACCCUCCCUGGGACUGAACUCGGCCAACCAAGACACCCACCAUGUCCCCUCAGGUCUCCAGUCAGUCCAGGUCGACCCCGGCCAGGACUUGCUUGUUGGGUUGUAUUUAAUACCUCCAGGUUAGUGUGGGUCUGGAGAACGCUGGGGCAGGAGGACAUGUCAGCGGGGCUUGGUUCUGGGAAGCCACUGCUCACCCCUUCACCCCUCGGCCCCCACCCUCUGUGUUGCCUGCUUGUGUUGCACACACCGAUGGCAAUAACUUCUUCCAGCUCCUCGAGCAAGUGGGAGAGGCCUGCAGCCUGCCCUGCGAGGGGAUUUCUCUCUCUCUCUCUCCCUCUCCUCCCGUUUGGGCUGCAGAAAGCGUUUCCUCGCUACUCGCAUUCUCUCCCAGCAGCAGUUCUCAUCCCUUGUCUCCCUUUGUGGAUGGGGUCUUGCCUUUGAAAAUCCCGUGUUUCUGUGUCCUCCUCUCAUCUGCUCCCCUGUAUCAUCUGUCCCGGUCUUGCUGUGUGAUGGUAACGUGCUUGUAAACUGCAUAACAAAUCUACUUUGUGUAUAUGUGUGUUUAUGGGGAUGGUUCAUUAUUUUUGCUGGUCGCUAGACCCCUUUGUAUGACCAUGUGGAGUCUGAGCAGGCCAGGGGCUGACAGCUCAAGUCAGGACCCUCAGCAGUGAGCUUGCUGGGGGGACCCAGCUGCUCUUGGACAAGUAGCUGAGCUCCUGUCUGGCCUCCUCUUUUUUUUUUUUUUUUUUUAGUAACUUGUGUGUAUUUCUAACUGAUCAUAUUGGAAAAAAAACAAAAAACAACCAACCCUAGUAUUUCAGUAAAAAUGCCUGUUGUAAGAUGAACCUCCUGUAACUUCUAUCUGUUCUUUUUUGAGGCUCAGGGAGAAACUAGCAUUUUUUUUUCCAAACUACUUUUUGUCACUGUGACAGUUGUAAAUAAAGUUUGAAAAUGCUUUCCA